CCAUGAAGCCUUGCGGCUCGCCGGAGGCGGGGAGGCCUCGCCAUGCUGCGCGUGCUGGGCGGCCUGGGUGCGCGGCCUGCGGGCCGGCUCCCGGCCCCGCUUCUGCUCCCCACGCGCGGCCGCAAGACCCGCCACGACCCGCCGGCCAAGUCCAAAGCCGGGCGCGUGGCGACUCCGCCCGCGGUGGAUCCUACGGAGUUCUUCGUGCUGACCGAGCGUUACCGCCAGUAUCGCCAGACGGUGCGCGCGCUCAGGCUGGAGUUCAUGUCCGAGGUGCGCAAGAAGCUGCAUGAGGCCCGGGCCGGGGUCCAGGCAGAGCGCAAGGCGCAGGAGGACGCGGCUGAGCAUCGCGAGCUGAUGGCUUGGAACCAGGCGGAGAACCAGCGGUUGCACGAGCUGCGGCUGGCCAGGCUGCGGCAGGAGGCCCUCGAGCAGGAGCGGCGGCAGGCCGAGGAGGCUGUCCUGCAGGCCCGAGAGGCGCAGGCCUGGGCGCAGCUCAAGGAGCAGGAAGUGCUGCAACUGCAGGAGGAGGCAAAAACCUUCAUCACUCGAGAGAACCUGGAGGCACGGGUGGAAGAAGCAUUGGACUCCCCAAAGAGCUACAACUGGGCCAUCACCAGAGAGGGGCUGGUUGUCAGGCCCCAGCAAAAGGGCUCAUAAGGACCCAAUAAGGACAGUGCCCACCCAGGAACCAUUGUGUGUUGAGGGGCGGAGGGAUUGGAGUGUCGUACCUGAUCUGGAAUAAAGCAGUUGGUGUUUCUUAUGAAGGAGGAGGCUCUACGGAUUCCACUGCAGCCCUCACUUUGGGCCUUAACACCCACCAAUUGGUUAGAAAUUCCCUCACACAGUGCCCUGUUCCAUACCCAUGUAUGAUUCUCAGCCAAGCACCAGACCUUAGAAGUUUCCAUCUUACAGAGGAGCAGGUUAGGCCAUAGUCCCCUUAGGCAGCCAGGUCAUCUCCUGAGUAUCAUCAAGGACAGUGGUUGGCAAACUGCAGUCCAUGGGCCAAAUCUGGCCCAUUACUUCUUUUUGUAAAUAAAGUUUAUUGGCACAGA